AUGAAAACUUGCUGGUACAACAAGAGCAAGGGUAAGGAUCGAGAGAAAGAACUGAGUUUUGAGAAAAUCAAUGGAACUUCGAAAGAUUCAACUGAGAAUCUUACGAACCACACUCACAAUGAUCAUACAGAGAAUGGAAAUUACGAAAUUGCCAAUUUGCCUAGUCCCGCAGUUUCAAAAUGGUUGGACGACCUAGCUAAGUCAGAGGUCCAGGCACUCACACCUUCAGCGUUUUUCAACGCAACCGAAAAGAUGUUCCUCGAGUCCCUAGACUUUCUGUUGGAAGCAGGCCAGUCAGUGCAGUCAGCUCAAUCAAGUCCACCUGAACAGGAUGAGUAUGAGGGACAGCGUAUGGAGCUUUUGGCCUCGUGCAUGUUGAACUCGGUGGGGAUCCCAGAACCUCAAGGUGAGCUCUUGUGCUACUUCAUCAACGAGGUUUCGAUGCUCUUAUUUUCAGAUAAGACCAGUACGCGGUUUCUUACAACGGUGAUACCGCUUUGUCUAGCUGAUACUCGAGUUCGGUUCCCAAUUCUUGCAAUUGCCAGCUCUCACAGGCUCAAUAGCAUCACUGCUGACUCCAACUUGGACAUCAUGAGGGAUGCUGUUAAGUAUCGGAGUAUGGCGCAGUGUUGUUUGGCAGGAAAGAAUGACGAUUUUUUCGACGAUACAGAAAACGUUCUUUUAAGCCUUUGCCUUGUGUCAAUCCAGGAAAUCUUCGAAGGUAAUUCUCUAUACUGGAGCAGCGCGCUUGAGAAGGGUUCAGAUAUAAUAAGAGUCCGUGGUGGCUUGAACAAGGUGUCCAAAAUGUCUCCUUUGUCUAUCCAGCUCUUUUGCUAUCUCGAUCAUGUUUCGUCGCUCAGUACAUGUGCUGUGCCGCUCAUGGAUAGGUCAAGGAACAAUCCGUAUGCCAAUUACAACGGAAACCACGUCGAGGAUAUUUUGAAUUGCAAGUUUGGAUUUCGAUACGGGUUUGCUGGCGAUCUCUUUAAGAUUAUGGGUAACAUUUCUACGUUGGCAGCCCUACGGUCUGCCAGACACCAGUCUCCAGAGUAUGAAAAGCUGUUUGACUCGCUAGCUAAUUUGAUUGAGAUGAAAUUGCAACAUUGGUCCCCAUCGAAUAUGGACAUCAUGAAUAAUUUCCUGCUUAACGAGCAAUUGGACUCUCACAAGAUGACACUUUCGUCAUACUGGCUAGCACUCCAAUGGUCGUGUUUUCUUCGCCUCCACCAAAUCCGUCAAGGCUACAAUCGACAGGAUUCUCGAGUUUCUGCUUGCUUGUCUAUCAUUCUCAAAUCGCUCAAGUCUAUCGAGAAUUCCACACUGAUAGAAACAGGACUCAUGUUUCCUCUCAUUAUGGCCGGUCUGGUUUGUGUCGAACAAUCUGACCGAGAUUACAUCUUAUCUCGAAUUCGGUCCAUUAAGGAAAAAUUGCGAUUCAGUUAUAUCGGCGAGUUCGAACGAUUACUACAUGCCGUCUGGGCUCGAGAUAACGACGAAGGUGAUUUUGUCAACUGGGCAAAGAUCCGUUUCUAUCAGUUUCCGGGAUUAGUAAUGUUCUAA